GUGCCUAGGGAAGGUGCUCCGGAGGAGAGAGGGCUCCAAGCUUCAGAGGCCACAGUAGCAGAGAACCGAGAUUCUCGCACCAUGAAGAACCGCCUGGGUACAUGGGGGCUGGCCAUCCUCUGCAUGCUGCUUGCCAGUCACCUCUCCACGGUCAAGGCGAGGGGCAUAAAGCACAGGUUCAAAUGGAACCGGAAGGUCCUGCCCAGCAGCGGCCAAAUCACCGAAGCCCGAGUAGCUGAGAAUCGCCCAGGAGCCUUUAUCAAACAAGGCCGGAAGCUGGACAUCGACUUCGGAGCAGAGGGCAACAGGUACUACGCGGCCAACUACUGGCAGUUCCCUGAUGGGAUCUACUACGAAGGCUGCUCCGACGCCAACGUGACCAAGGAGAUGCUGGUGACCAGCUGUGUCAACGCUACCCAGGCGGCCAACCAGGCUGAGUUCUCCCGGGAGAAGCAGGAUAGCAAGCUCCACCAGCGAGUCCUGUGGCGACUGAUCAAAGAAAUCUGCUCCACCAAGCACUGCGAUUACUGGCUGGAGAGGGGAGCUGCGCUGCGGGUCGCGGUGGACCAACCGGCGAUGGUCUGCCUGCUGGGUUUCGUUUGGUUCAUUGUGAAAUAAACAGCAAUGAAGCUGGCAGCCACAGAGGUGAGCUGGUGGGCAAAGGUGGACAGCGGUAGCCCAGUUCUUCCUCUCUAGCCCCCGGGUGUCCUGAAAAUACAACAUGUAGCGUUUCACUCCUAAAGUCCCUCCCAAGUACUCCCCAGCUCCCUGUGUUUGAUAAGGUGUUUCCUUGCCCACAUGCUCCGCCCCUGGGGACCUGGCUUGUUCCUGCCCUUGCAGCUACACUAGGUGACAAGCCAGCCAAAGGAUGCGAGAAUUGUCCUGUGCACUCCACCU